AUGCUCCCCAUAUUGCUCAACCUCCCGACCCCCUCGAGUCCCGACAGCCCCGUAGAUCGGUGUGAGGCCCCAAUCAGCAGCGAAAACCCUCGCGCCCCGGUGAAGAAGCGCAAGAGUCCACGAUACCGGAGGCAGCAGCCCCUGCAGCUCCACCCGCUCCCGCAUCGGCUCCCGCGUCGGUUUUCGGGAGACUCGGGCGUGUGCGAUCUGUUCGAAUCUCCCUCCUCUAGUUCCAGCUCCAGCUGCGGCUCCGGCUCCGGCUCCGGCUCGAAUGACGCCCACAGCCCGGCCCGCCGGGAUCCGCGCUACAGCCAGCCGGCCUACACGGGACUUGUGAGCAGCCCGCUGGACCUGCAGAUCUUCCGAGACUACGGGCAGAGCUGCUACGCCUUCCGCAAAGGGUUGGAGAGCCAAUUCCAUCCGCGCGAGCCCCUGGCGCAGCAGCCCCAAGUGACGGCAGAAUCCCGUUGUAAACUGCUCAGCUGGUUGAUCCCUGUCCACCGGCAAUUCGGCUUCACCUUCGAGUCUCUGUGCCUGGCGGUGAACAUCCUGGACCGCUUCCUCACCACCACCCCGGUGGCUGCCGACUGCUUCCAGCUGCUGGGGGUCACCUCACUGCUCAUCGCUUGCAAGCAGGUAGAGGUGCACCCGCCUCGGGUGAAGCAGCUCCUGUCUCUGUGCGGCGGCGCCUUCACCCGCCAGCAGCUCUGCAACCUGGAGUGUAUCGUGCUGUGCAAGCUACAGUUCAGCCUCGAGGCGCCCACCGUCGCCUUCUUUCUGGAGCAUUUCACCCAUUUUCGGGUGGCUUCCCGGGAGGCAGACCCCAGUGAUGCUGCCGAUGCCCAUGCCUUGGCCAAGGGGGUGGCGCAGCUAAGCCUGGCCGAUUACGCCUUCACCAGGUACACCCCUUCCCUCCUGGCCAUCUGCUGUCUGGGGCUAGCAGACCGCAUACUCAAACAUGGAAAACCUCUGGACCUGCACGUAAGCAAUUAUCCGGAAGCGGAGCUGCAGAACUGCCUGGGGAAGCUGCAGCUACUGGCGUCUUUGAAUACAGACGCUUUACCCCGUAUCUUGCCCCCGUCCCUCUCGGAAAAAUGCAAAUUUUUCGGGACUGAGUUAAAGCUAGAGAGUCCACCUGCGGUGUCCGGCUCUUCCCCCUCCUCCGAUAAAGCGAGCGGUAGCGAGUGCUAG